AUGAAGCGCACGCUCGCAGCAGACAGCGGCACCACCAAAACCAAGAAGUCCAGGUCCGCGUCUGACGAUGAAGAGCCGAUUCUGCCAACACGAGCACCUGGCUCCUCAGCCGUAGCGCUCAAGUCAACACAGAAACUUGCUUCCAUCUUUCAACCCCGCUCAGCAUCAUCGUCCUCCAACGGCACCGCAUCCUCAUCUUCUUCCAAGACGCUCAAAUGGCUUGACCCCAUCGGUCCAUCCAAGUCAUGUCUUCACGGCGUCUACGGCGACCCACUUCCCAACUCAAAGGUGGCAUUCUACGAUCUCGAUGGUACCAUCGUUCGUCCAAAAGGCGGCAAGACUUUCCCCAGCAAGACAGACGAAUACGACUAUGACUUUCUCUUCUCCACUCAGCCAGCUGGCUCUGGCACACUCUCCGUCAUCUCGCGCAUCCAAAAGCAGCAACUGCAGCAUGGUUUUGCCAUUGUCAUCAUCACGAAUCAGAAGCAGACCGCAUACUCAGCUAGGUCGGGUCUCGCAACGUGGAAGAAGAAGAUGGCGCAUAUUGCUGCUGCGAUCGAUGUGCCGAUGCGAGUCUUUGCUGCCUUAGGAGAUGAUGUCUAUCGCAAGCCGAGGCUGGGCAUGUGGGAGGAGUUUGUUGGCAAGUGGAACGGAGGGGUUCAAGUAGAUCUGGCCCAGAGCUUCUUCGUUGGUGAUGCGGCAGGGAGGAAGAAAUAUAGGGAUCAUCAAGAUACCGAUCUCAAAUGGGCAAUGAAUGCAGGAAUAGGCUUCUACACGCCAGAAGAGUACUUCUUGGCCAAGUCCAAGGAGUACGAGACGCCAACUCGACCAUGGAGUCCUUCUGCCUUACCACCGCCAACAACUACGCUCAAAGGGCUCAUAGCCGAGCCAGAAGACGAGAUGGUCACCGUCAACCUUUCUGAUAUCGACAAUGACGAAUCGGCCGCACGCACAAUCCUUGGUGAUGCUAAGAGCGACGAUCCAGAGAUCGUACUCUUCGUCGGCGCCCCUGCUUCCGGCAAGACCUAUCUCUUCAACCGUAUCUUUGCACCACAAAACUACGUCCACGUCAAUCAAGACACGCUACGCACCCGCGACAAAUGCCUCCGUGUCGUGGCGGACACCAUCACUUCCUCGCAAUCUUGCGUGGUUGACAACACGAAUCGAGACCGUGCGACGAGGAAACACUACAUUGAUCUCGCCCGCAACAUCAAUGCUCGUAUUCGCUGCAUCUACUUUGACGUGCCUAAGCACGUUUGUGUUCAUAACAACCAUUUCAGGGCACAUUAUGGGCCGACAAAUGAGAGCGAGGUGAAGAGGACAAUACUGCCAUUCACGGCGAUAGAGAGCUGGUUCAAGGAUAGCCAACCACCAAAACAGGCGGAGGGUUUCGAUGCGAAGGUGGUGAGCCUCAAGUGGGGGUGGAUUGGGGAUGAAGAGUUGGAGGAGAAGUACAAGAUGUACUAUCACUGA